AUAAAGGAAACUUUCCUCGUGGGUGUUUUGUGCAGGACGUCAGCCGGUGUGUGAGGGCGGCGCUCGGACGUGGACACAUCCCACAGCUGACGACGGCCCUGCCCCGGAUAGCUCAGCUGUCUCGCCACAGGAAACCGCGUCUUAUUUAAAAAAAUAUAUAUAUAUUUCAACGCCAAAGUAGACACAAUAGUACCAUGCAAACUGCACCUGAGCAGCUGACUUGUCUUUGAACGCAUCAUCUCACUCCAAGAGUAGGGAGACUGUAGGAAUUCGUACACUUGACCGGUCUUUGAACGCAUCUUUAAUCUAGUUCAAAUCAGAGCAACCAGGGCAAUUAUGAUGUUUAAAUGACUUUAGUGCGACACAUGGCGCCAGUUGGCGUUUAUUAACACUUUCGACGAUAUGUGACACGUCGGUGGCAGCAGCACGCGGAAGCCUCAGUCACCCUUGGACCUUCAAAAAAAAAAAGAGAGAGAGAGAGAAAGGAUGACAGCGAUUAUCCUGUGAAAUAGCACCAUCUAGUGGCAUUUGCAAGCAACACAUGAACCAUUGCUGCUCCGUUCUAAAUAAAGUGCAGAUGUUUUCUCGUUGGCUUUUUACUAACAACAAACUAUGUAAUUAUGCCCAAAAUGUUCAGUUUUGGUUUUAUCAGCUCAUUUUACGGCGCAAAUGUUUGGGAGAUUUUGUCAGGCUUGGAUGACUAUUUUGCUUGUCCCCAUUUUAUUAGGUAAAGUCAGUAAGGGCGCACAUUAUAUCGUUACAUAAUAUACUAUAUAAUAUUCAUGAUGUAAAAAAUGUUGGAAAACUUGAAUAAUGAAUUAUUAUGAUUAUUAUGAUUAUCAUAAUGAUUACCGUACUAUUGUGGCUAAUGGAGAUAGAUGAGAGAAAAAAAAACUGACCGUAUGCUUUCAGUGAUUGUCUACAUCUACUUCACGAUAUUGCGCAGAAAGUGCACGGUGCAGCAUUUCAAUGCAGUAUCAUGUGACGCAGUGGAGGCUCGGAGCAUCAAGCCCUACCCUCCUCCUGCAGCAGCAGCAGCAGCAGCAGCAGCAGCAGCCUCAUAUUAGUGAUGAAGAUGGUGCUGAGUGCAAACAUGCAAGGCAUCUUUUUAUUAUUAACUUUGCUGGCGCCUUGCAAUGGCAUAUUACCCGAGUUGGUGCAUCCAGGAGUUCAUCUCAUCCUGGGCGAUUCCGUGCAGGAGGAGCCUGCUGUGGUGCAAGGAGAGCAACUGGAUGAGCAGCUAAGGCCUGAACAUAAAGAGUCGACCAUUGCUACAACAAUUGUGCAGUCAACUGAGGUGAACAAUCACAUUGAUACUGGCUGUGACACCACGAAUGAUUGUGGGAAAGAGAGAUACUGUCUGCACGACAAGAACAAAUCAAAAUGUCAACCUUGCAAAGGCAUCGAUGUGUCCUGCACCAAGGAUGAAGAGUGCUGCGGUGUGCACUUGUGCAUUUGGGGGCAGUGCAGUUCCAAUUCCACCAAAGGGCAAGCUGGCAGCACGUGCCAGCAUCAGGUACAAUGUGGUCCGGACCUCUGCUGUGCCUUCCAUGCAGCCCUCCUCUUCCCAGUCUGCUCUCCUAAACCCAUUGACCGCGAGCGCUGCGUUCCUGCCUCCAACCAUCUGACAGAAGAUGACUCACCCAGAAAACAUUGUCCUUGUGCUGGGGACCUCCAUUGCCAGCACUUAGGACGAGGAUCCAUGUGCCUUAAAGCGGCCGACUCGAGCGAAGAGGAUCUGACAGACAGCCUGUACUCAGCCAUAGAUUACGUCCUCUAAAAUGCUUCAUUCACAUAGCAAUGAAUGUUUUGCAAUCAACGCAGCGCUACACUGCAUGAAAUGGAAAAAUACACAAAUUCUGUUGUAUUUGCUUAGCAGUUGUUGAUACUCAACGACCUGUAGGCUAAAAGUCAUCAUUCUGCAGUCUUCAUCAUCCGGUCCAUGCACUUUGUAGCCUUGCUUGAACUAUGCACUGAAGCUUAAUACACUGGAAGAGCAAUAAAAUUGUACUGCACAA